AUGUCCAUCCUCAGGAUCCAAAUCCCAGACAGAAGACCAGAACAGGAGGACAAUGAUGCAUAUGCAUCACUUCUACAGAGGCACAGGCGCUGUGAUGCCAUCAGGUGCCGUCACCCUGAAGGCAGGGAGCUGGCAGAAGAAGAGGGGCCCUGGCAGCUGCUCCUGUGCAGCUCCUGUGCUGCUGAGGGCACCCACCGACAGUGCUCCUACCUGAACAACACAACAGCCAUGUGGGAGUGUGACAGAUGUGCUGGCCUGGGUACCGCUUCCAGCAGCAACUCAGAGCUUGCCAGCUCCAGCACUGCCAACCAGGACAGGCAAGGGCCGUCCCACAGCCUCCAGGAACAUGAGGACAGCUGUUCCAGCCCCACUAGCCAGGCAGCAUCAGAGCCAUCAUACAGUUCCCAGCUGCCAGAGCUCAGCUGCCAGAGUAGAGAGCUGGGGACAGAACACAGGACAAUCCCCUCAUGUUUACCAGAGGAUAUGGCUGAGCAGCACCAAAGAUGCCACAGGAGCAGACAAACAGCAGCCCAAAGUGCUGAGUGUUGCUCCCGCACCUCCACCAGAAGGGGCACAUCAGAAUCUUCCAGAGAGUCCCCAGGGGCUGCACGCAGGAGGCGUCCCAGGCAGCGGAGAACAAGCCGCACACCAAGCCGCACACGAAGCCGCUCCCCGCUGCAAGGUCGGGCCUCGAGUUCCCAGAGCCGGCCAAGAAGACGCCAUGGGAGCAGAGGAACACCAGCUCCUCGUGAUCAGAGCAGCAUCCGCAGAUCAGCAAGAUUGGCAACACUGAGGUCCUCGAGGGCUUCCCCAGUGCCUGAACAAAGGGGACGAUCUGUGCAUGGAGCGCAGGCUCUCACAGAAAGCCGUUACCCAGCAAGGUGCAGAGAUUAA